AUGAUUUGGUUGUUAAUGGUGUAUUUAAUUUUACCGAUACCGCUCGUGGAACUCGAUACGAGACCAGUAGUCCACAUACCAAAGGACCUUAGUGACUUCAUGACGAAAACUGCCUUCAAUUGCAUGAUAAAGUUGCAAACCUCAAGUAUUAUGGUAAAACGCUUCUUCGAAUUUCAACUCCCAGAUAAUGAAGCUAGCAAAAAGUUUCUUUACUGCGUCAGUUACGAGACGUAUCUGGCCGAUGAAGACGGCCACAUGUCCGAAGCGCUGCUGAGACUUUUCGAUGGAAGCGAACAUGCAGAGGAAGUUCAAAAGGUGUUCGAAUCUUGCAACAAAAUUAAGACCAAGUCACCUGUUCGGACAAUUUUCGAAGUGGCCAACUGUUUUUAUAAAAAUUCACCAGUCGUUUUAGGUCCGGAUUUAGUUCGAUAUUAA